GGCAAGUCUCAAAUUUAAGUUUGGGCAAGUUUUUCAGACGACACAAUCUGCUUCGACAGUCCGCAGGACGCAGCCUCCGCCAUCCCCUCAGGCUCAGGUGACACCGUGACGAGAUUUACAGAGAAAACCUUAUAAUCAAGUAAACUUCGCUCAUCAAUUAGAAGUUCGAAGAAUUGGUAGGCUCUAGUUGAGGACAUCAUCUGCAACAUUAGGAUUCUUGAUCCUCAGUGGAGAAUUGCCUGAACAAUCUGAUGAAUGAAUUAUUUUUAUGGUCAAAGCUAAAAUAGAGCAAGAAGAUGUGGAGAAUUUUUGUUUUAUUUUGGUUAAGUAAAGAUAUAAGGUGUGGAUCACUAGUACUGAUGGAAGCAAUUUGGUUUGUUUUUGCACUCACUCUCUCUGCCCAUUUGGUUCUCUCUCUACCAUUCAAUGUGUCACCUGCCAUUCAACUUAUCCUAGAAGUAACACAAUUGUUGUCCGAAGCCUCAAAUUCCGGCGAAUACGUUGAAAGAGCCAUUGUGGAACCUGGCCAUUCCGGCGAAUACGGUGAUAUGAUUUCACUUGUUUCCCAGCUCAAAGCCUCGUCAUUUUCCUACUGUCUUGUGGACCGUGACUCCACCUUGUCAUCUACUCUCGAUUUCAACACGUCAGCGCCUAGCGAUUCAGUCAUUGUUCCCAUGAUUCGAAACAAGCAAUCCGGAAUGCUCUUCUUCCUUGAGCUGACUGGAAUCAGUGUUAUCGGCCAGCUGCUCCCGAUUCCACCCGCAAUAUUUGAAUUGCAGGAGGAUGGCAGCGGAGGGGUCCUUCUUGACUCCGGUACCCAUGUCACUCGGUUACCCCCUCUAGCUUAUGAACUGCUUCGUGAUUCAUUUGCUCAGAAAGCUGAGAGUUUGCCACCGUACUUUAAUGUGUCAAAAUUUCUCGAAACUUGCUAUGAAUUGUCGGGCAUGGAUAUAGUUGAUCUCCCGACUGUGGCCUUCCACUUUGCUGGAGAUAAAACAGUCAACUUGCUUCCAUUGAAUUACAUGCUACAAUAUCGUCCGGGAAUAUUUUGUUUCGCUUUUACGCCAUCCGAGGAUCAGACAACUAUAUUGUCAAAUACAUGGCAUCAGAAAAUGCGAGUCAAUUUCGAUAUCACUAACUCGGUUGUAGGAUUCAGUCCCAAUAAAUGUUAAAAAGAUUUAGAUGCGUUAAUUAUGUAGCUUAUCGUACUUGUGUUAGACCAUAUAUUACUGAAUUCGACAAAAUUUUAUGAAGUAUGAUUUCAAAUUCGUAUUUUUAUGAA